CGGUGGCACUCACUUGAUACAAUGAGCAAGAACGGACUCUCGGAAAGCGACAUCCCAGGAAAACCCUACGGAGACCCGGAUUCCAACUGGGAUGAGGCGCGCAAGCGGCGAUACGAACGGGAGCUCCGGGACGCAGCCGAGAGGCAUAGCUUCGUGCAGCACGUACUGGAGAAGAAAGGGUCGUUCUUUCCAAGUCUGGACGAGAUGAAAGAAGAUAUUGGCAAGCCUGAUAGUCGGACUCUACCCGGCCUCAAAGGGCAGAUACGUGAUAUGAAGGAGAAACAUCGUAAGGAUGUACAAGACCUGGUUGACUACCAGGCGGAAACGUACUGGGGGGAAGUGCUGGACGCGACGUAUUCAUCCGAAAUCGUUGGGUGGGAUAAAGAUACUCAGUACAGCCACUUGCAAACCAUCACUCCCCUUCAACAACGCCGCACGGAACUCGAGAAGGAAGAGCUAGAACGCCGCCAGCGCCUCGACCGCCAGUUUCCCUCGAGUAUUGGAGAGUACCACGCAAUCAGCAACAAAGAUGUGCGGCUGCGCAUCGCGCGGUUCCUCUUUGCCUUCGAGCGGCAGCAUCAGAGCCCCGCGCACAACCACCAGAAGGAAAAGAUGAUGAACGAGUUCGGCUGGGCAUUCAGGCAGGUGAAGCCGCUGUGCGACGAAUACGCAAAGAACGCCGAGUUCAAGGCCGAAGUUCAGGAGAUAUUGAAAGACGUGGAGGUGCGAGACCCGAGGAGAAAGCCGUCCUAG